UUUUUAAAGAUGGCAUGGAAGAGCAGCAGUGUAAUGCAAAUAUAUAGAUUUCUUCUUUCAGUAAUUGUUUUUCUGCCGAAUGAGAUGACAGGUUCUAUUUUAACUGUGAACGGUAAAACCGAGAACUAUAUCCUGGACACUCGGCGUGGCUUUCAAGAAUCUCUGAAUUGUGCUGUUCAAAACCAUACCAGGGAAGAAGAACUUCUCUGGUAUCGAGAAGAGGGGAGAGUGGAUUUGAAAUCUGGAAACAAAAUCAACUCCAGUUCCAUCUGUGUCUCUUCCAUCAGCGAAGAUGACCACAGAGUUAACUUCACCUGCAGGCUGCAGAGUGAUAAGACAGUGUCCAUUUCAGUGAUGCUGAAUGUUAUAUUUCCUCCUCUCCUAAGUGGAAACAACUUCCAAACAGUUGAGGAAGGCAGUUCCGUGAAUUUGGUUUGCAACGUGAAAUCCAAUCCCCAGGCUCAAAUGAUGUGGUACAAAAAUAACAGCAUCCUGAAUUUAGAGAAAAACCAUCAUCAAAUCCACCAGACAAGUGAGUCUCUGCAGCUGUCAAUUACCAAAGUCAGGAAAUCUGACAAUGGAACCUACAACUGUAUUGCAAAUUCAUCUCUGAAAGUGGAAACCAUGGACUUUCACCUGAUUGUUAAAGAGAAAACCAUAGCCGUACCGAUGGAAGCCAUCAUUGCUGCGUGCGUUGUGGUCUUUCUAACGUUGUGCUUUGGAGUGAUUGCACGAAGAAAAAGAAUAAUGAAGCUCUGCAAACGAGAAGAAGACGCUCACAGUGGAACAUCUCUGUAA